CGGAGAAACGCGUUGGAUGAUCAUUUCGUUUCCUUGGCGAAUAUUUGAAGCGAAAGCGAAGCCGAAUGGAUGUAGGAACAUGGAUGGUGCGCUUGAUCUACACGGGCUGUUUGAACACAACAGCACCUUCGACUAUGACAACUAUGAAUAUAAAGGGGACUGCAACACGGGGAGAUCCUUUGAGCCCAUAAUAUUUGUCACCAUUCUGUACCUUGUGGCACUCUUGCUGGGGCUGGUGGGUAACAGCUUGGUGCUGUUUGUGCUGUGGCAGAAAAGGCACAGCUGGUGCGUGACGCAUGUCUUCGUGCUUCACCUGAGCAUAGCCGACAUACUGCUUCUCCUCACCAUACCACUAUGGGCAGUGGAUGCUGUGAAAGGGUGGAACUUCAGCACUGGAUUUUGCAAGCUGGCUGGAGCACUGUUUAAGAUCAACUUCUACUGCGGUAUCUUCCUGCUGGCCUGCAUGAGCCUGGAGCUAUACCUUUCUGUGGUUCACACAGUGCAUAUGUGUUCACGCUCAAGGCCCUGGUCGGUGCAGCUCAUCUGCCUGGCUGUUUGGUUCUUCUGUCUUCUCCUCUCCAUCCCUGACUGGAUGUACCUGAAGGCUGCAAGUAAUCCUGAACAAGGGGAUAAUAUUGAGUGUGUGUAUGAGUAUCCAUCUGAAGCAUCACGUCUUGCUUCACGUUGGUUCUACCAUGUAUUAGGCUUUUUGCUUCCCGUCAUAGUGCUGUUCUACUGUUACGCUCGUGUCCUGCUACAGUGCAGAUCUGACCAGCAUGUGCAGAAGCAGAGAGCCGUGCAAAUCAUUCUCGCCCUCGUGUUGGCCUUUUGCGUCAGCUGGACACCCUACAACAUUGCCCUGCUAGUAGACUCUUUCGAUUUUUCUUCCAUCAAAUCCACAGAACAUUGUGUUGAUCACAGGUGGACUGCAGUGAAAAGCACAGCUGUUCUAGGUUUCCUUCACUCCUGCUUCAACCCUCUGAUUUAUUUAGGUUUUUCAGAAAAAUUCAGACACUGGGUGUUAACUAUUGUGAGGUGUGGUAGUUGUGCAGUGGGCAAUGGUGAGUUUUUCCCAUGGGAUUGUAGGGCUACUCCUGUCCCACAGGCGGAGAACGGAUCACCACACCCAGUGAAUGAUAAUACAUGGCAAAGCAAUGGUGAAAUACUUUGAUCAUGAUACAGACUGAAGAGUUUUGCCACUUAAAAUUAUGCUAUUUUUUAUCCUAAUAUUUUAUCAAUUAAGAAAAUAAUGGACUUAGGGUGGAUGUCAGAAACCGAAAUGCUGUUUUGUAAAAGGAGAUAACUUUCACAGAACCAUAUGACCUGACUAACCACCUUGGUGGGCAAGUCUUCAAUAGCCGGUUAUAAUCACCUGGGGUCUCAUUUAUCAAAGCGUGUAUAGAAAGAUUUAAAUUUGUGUGUAAGAUCCUCCAGUGCACACAUUGGUAUUCCUAGCAUGUGCGUACACACAGUUGAACCAAGUGGAUGUAAAUAAGUCCAACGCGUCUAAAUUUCUCUGCUCGUGCACAGCCACACGCAUUUGCAUAAAGAAACGCCAUAGAUGGUUAAAAAUGUUGCUUUAAAAAGCAUAGCAGCCUGCUUGUGGUACUGCUUGUUGCAGUAUGAUGUAAAUAUACUGUUACACUAAGUAGAGUGAUGCCAAAAUGGCUUAGUUUUCACUUUUGUGAGUAGUUUUUCAAAUAAUAUUUCAUGGGUACAUGUGUACAUUCUUUUGCCCCAAUUGCAUUUAGAAAACCUGCCAUGGUAUGAAAAGACCUUAUUGUAUCCACUGCAAUAUUUGAUAUUGUAAUGUAUUGUAACAUGAGCUAUAUGGGUCAUUAUUUGGUUUAGAAAUGUCAGACCUGUCUGUAGAUUCCUUUUUAAAAUUUGCCCAUGGCUACAAAACCUAGUGUAGAAAUCAACUAAAGUUUCACUGGACAAAUGAAAUCAUCAUUCUCAGCAAUGAGUUUCCUGCACUUUCCUCCUGCUCUAAAAUAUAUUCCUUCCUUCUGUAAAGCUGUGUGCCCAGUCUUACAGCAAGUCUUCAUCCUAUUCAAUAAUUAGAUGUACUUUUUUACGAUUUUACCUUACAUGUCAUCUGUGUCGCCUGUCUGCACCAUGUGAGCACCAAAAUCAAUAAUUACUCCAUCAGGUAUACUGAUAUAAUUGACAAUAAGUGGGACUGAACAUACUCCUUUCACCAGCUAUUACACCUUUCUAACACUAAAGUUCUCUACAUAUACAUGGUCAGGAGUGUGCAUUAAUAUAGGCAUAUCCUCAUGCGCAAGAAAAACUUGAUAAAUCACAUUCAGUACAUAGAAACACACAUAUGACAUGUACAGAGUUUGCACAAAACUAUGCGUAUGCAGGGUUGAUAAAUGAGACCUCUGAUGUGUAUAUGUGUAACAAAUUAAAAGCUUUUAAAAUAUGUACAUUUUUUAAUUAAGUCCAGACACAGUUUCAGUGUUGUGGCAUGUCCUGUAUAAGGUUUGCUUUUUGAUUGCUAGAAAAGGGCUGUGGUGAAAACUAAAAUGUUUUUGUAAACACACAGUUCUGAUAUCCCACAGCAUGCUAUUUUUUUUUCCAACGCAAGGCAAUUAAAUGUAUUUUAUUUUUUUUAAAGAGAUGAUCCGUUUAUUUUCAUUACCAUUUGAUGCAUCUUUCAUCAGAAUGGAGCAUAAUGACAUAAAGAGUCUAUAAUGUGUAGCAUUGCCAUAUUUUGUAAAUACCGUAUUUUUGUAGUUGUGUACGGUGUAUAUAUAUUAUAUUAGGGGGAAUAUA